AAAUACAGACAUACAUUGGAGUACAUAGUGAUUCGGACAGAGACAGAGACAGCACCUAAAAUUGAGACGAUUCACCUACACUAACCACCCUUUCACAUGAGCUCCAUUGGAUUUGGAGCUCGCAUUAAAAAUGGCCGCCACACCAACCACUCACAACCUGCUCUUCUUCACCAGCUACAGCUUGUUCAGGUCAUCAUGGCCUUGUUCUUCUCAGAAGAUUAGUCCUCGGAAGAGCAGGGUCCCAAUCUCGGUGGAACUCUCUUACUCCUACUCCUAUUCAAGAUUCAAUUGCUCCACCAAAUCAACGGACGAGAGCGAGCCGGAAACAUUGACCGCCGAUAGUGAUGAUGAAGCGUCCAUCAAGGACGACCCUCAGCUUUCAACUCCAAUAGAUUCGCAGCAGAGGAUCGCAACCUCUUCCGGUGAAUCUCUUUCCCUUGGAAUUCGAGAGCCAGUUUACGAGGUGGUUGAAGUGAAGUCGAAUGGGAUGGUUUCUACUAGAAAAAUAAACAGACGGCAGCUCUUGAAGUCAAGUGGUCUUCGUCCUCGAGAUAUCCGGAGCGUUGAUCCAUCAUUGUGGUUGAUAAAUUCGAUGCCUUGUUUGCUGGUCCGUGAGCAUGCUAUUCUAUUGAAUUUGGGGUCAUUACGGGCAAUAGCAAUGCAAGAGCGUGUUCUUAUAUUUAACUAUAACCGUAAAGCAGGAAAAGCUUUUAUAGAUGCGUUGUUACCUCGCUUGAACCCUAAAAACAUGAAUGGAGUGCCAUCGAUGCCAUUCGAACUUGAGGUUGUUGAAGCAGCCUUAAAUUCAAGAAUACAGAGACUGGAGCAGACAUUAAUGGAUUUAGAACCACGUGUUCAAUCUUUACUUGAGGUUUUACCAAACCGUUUAACAGCUGUCAUAUUGGAGCAACUUCGCAUUAGCAAGCAGAACUUGGUUGAAUUGGGUUCAAGGGCAGGGGCUCUUAAACAAAUGUUGCUUGAUAUUCUAGAGGACCCUCAUGAAAUACGUCGUAUCUGUAUCAUGGGAAGAAAUUGCACACUUAGAAAAGGAAAUGAUGAAAUGGAAUGCUCUGUUCCUCUAGAAAAACAGAUUGCCGAGGAAGAGGAGGAAGAAAUCGAAAUGCUUUUGGAAAAUUAUCUUCAAAGAUGUGAAUCUUGUCAUGGUCAAGCAGAAAGACUUCUUGACUCUGCAAAAGAAAUGGAAGAUUCAAUAGCUGUCAACUUAAGUUCUCGGAGGCUUGAGGUUAGCAGAGUGGAAUUGCUGCUUCAGGUUGGCACGUUUUGUGUCGCACUGGGUGCUUUGGUUGCAGGUAUAUUUGGCAUGAACUUGAAGUCCUAUCUUGAAGAACGUGUGUUCGCAUUUUGGCUGACAACAGCAGGAAUUAUUUUCGGCGCAGUGGUGGCUUUUUUUCUUAUGUACUCAUACCUCAGGGUUAGGAAGAUAUUAUAAGCUUCAGAGUGAUUCAAGUGUGAUGCCAGAAAUCUUGGAUUAUUCAACACCCAACACACAAGGGACCAUAAUAUAUUGUAUUAUAGCGUUUACUUUUGUUGUAUGGUUGGACAAAUGUAGAUGUAUAAACAGAGCUGUAGUUACUCCUACAAGAUUGUAGCGAAGUACAGUGGGUGUUCAUCAUUUUUAUACUUUGAAUAUUGCAAGGAGAAGAGAAGCACAAUCCCCUUCAACGUCCUCAUUGGGUUGCUACUGCUCCUCUGUAUGCCAUUCAUGAUUCAUGAAGAGAAGGCUAGUGCCGGUUGGAAUGGUUAUUACUCUACAAUUAUAGGCAUCAGUGACUAUUUUGGAGAGAAAAUACGUGGAUGGUGGGAUCACAAAUAAUUUGUAGUAAUAGAAUCACGUGUAUCUCAAGUGUGUUCUAAACCAUCCUACAAGUCGCGGGGUUUAGGGAAGUGUGUUUAACAUUUAGUGAUAAGAGGUGUCUCUGUCACUUAAAAUUUUAUCUUAUUUUAAUUCAAUUGAAUAAGCACUUAAUAUGUUCAGAAUUAA